AUGUGGGAGCUCAUAACGUCCGGGAGAGGACGGCGAACGCAAAUAGAUGGGAUAAGAGGGCUCAUAGGGGAGCUGCGGCCCGGUGAUAUAAUUGAGGUUGGCCAUGGCUUUGGCAUUAUUGCAUCGUUUCAACAGACGGAAACCCAAGAACUCCGAGUCAGAGUUCUAUUUCUGACCCAAGGUACCGAGGAACGAGAGCUCAUUUUGACAACGGCCAUGAUCUAUGCACCAGUUGAAACAGUCAAACAAAAGAUCACUGUGGUGACCAAAGCACGUUUUGACUCGGUAGACGACGCAGAAAAGGAUCAAUUUUAUUUCUGUUAUCGCGGUCAAGAUCGGAAAGGACGAUUUUCUGAUGAAUUCAACUUUGACACUUUGAUAGGGAAUGCUCAGGGUAUCUCUGAGCAACUUGCAGAUCUGUUUCGCGAGAAGUUUGAAACACCGAAAAAGAAGCGUAAAGUUGCUCGUGGAUUAAUGGGUACCCCUAAAAAACUAUUUCCGCAAGAGAUUCCUGAGCCAAUUGCGGAGGUAACUUUCGACUGGAGUUCGGGGUCUGAUUCUGAGGAGUUCAAAGAUGAAGAGACGGACAAAAUGGAAAUUGACACUGCCAGCAGUGUUGUGGACACAGCAUCUCCAAAAAGGGCCCCGCAGACCCCUCGAAAGAAGCGAGCGGUCGAGAUUCCCAAAACCCCACGAAGCGCCAGAUCGAAGGUUCUUCCAUCAACCCCUCACAAACACGCCCCUUCUACGCCUCAUCAAGAAGCCCGAGAUCGGUUGCAUAUUUCUUCUCUUCCUGACUCUCUUCCUUGUCGCGAGAGUGAGUUUUCACAGGUUUUCAUUGCCCUAGAGAGCGCUAUUCAGGCAGGAACGGGAACUUGCGUCUAUGUGAGCGGGACACCUGGAGUGGGUAAGACAGCUACUGUCCGCGAAGUUAUUUCUCAGCUAGAACUCCGCAAAGAAGAUGGCGAGCUACCCCCCUUUGUUUUUUUAGAGGUGAACGGUAUGAAGCUCACCCAUCCCAACGUUGUGUACGAUCUUCUGUGGAAAGAAGUCUCGGACAAACCUAAUAUGAGUGCCUCGAAUGGAAUGAGCGCAUUGGAGUCUGUUUUUACAAAAAAAGACCCCUCGCGGCCGGUCUUGGUCGUGCUGGUUGAUGAACUCGAUCAGUUGGUCACGAAAAAUCAAAGCGUCAUGUACAAUUUAUUUAACUGGCCAGCACUUCCGAACUCAAAGCUAAUUGUUGUUGCAAUUGCCAACACUAUGGAUCUUCCCGAGCGGCUGCUCACCAAUAAAAUUUCGUCGCGGCUUGGUUUAACGAGAAUCCAGUUCCGCGGCUACACCUACCAGGAGCUCAGACAGAUAAUUUUCAGUCGGCUUGAGGGUCUGGAUGUUGUUGAUGUGGAUGCUAUUGAGUAUGUUGCUCGAAAAGUAGCUGGUGUGUCUGGAGACGCUAGACGAGCCUUGGACCUGUGUCGCCGAGCAGUCGAGCUGGGUGACGGCAAGACAAUCAAGAUUGAUCACGUACGCGAAGCAAUUAUGGAGUCACAUGUUACGCAUAUGGAAGAAUUCUUAGCCAGUCUAUCUGUGGUGUCUAAGGUACUUCUCUGUGCGAUCAUUGUCCGAGCACGGCGAUCUAAAGCCAACGAGGUGCUAUUAAGAGAAGUACUGCAGCAAGCCGAGCAGUUGGUCCAUAUGGGCAAGUCGUCUGCUAUCAAUGCCAAGUGGCUGUAUGGAAGUGAUGUCCGAUUACGCGGGUUCCGGUACGCGGUUCAGGAGCUUGUCGAGGGAGGACUGAUCUCUCAACAAGUGAUGAAAGGCGAAGCGACACCCAACAUUCGGUUGAAUGUGGCACCGGAGGCCAUGAAGAAGAUUCUCGACUAUGAUCCAGAUGUUGGCGAAAUGCUUUAG